UCACCAUUUUGGGGUAGUUAGGAGCCGUAAUAUCGCCAUUUUGGGGUAGUUAGGAGCAGUAAUAUCGCCAUUUUGGGGUAGUUGGGAGCAGUAAUGUCACCAUUUUGGGGUAGUUAGGAGCCAUAAUAUCGCCAUUUUGGGGUAGUUAGGAGCGGUAAUAUCGCCAUGUUGGGAGCAGUAAUAUCGCAAUUUUGGGGUAGUUAGGAGCAGUAAUAUCGCCAUUUUGGGGUAGUUGGGAGCAGUAAUGUCACCAUUUUGGGGUAGUUAGGAGCAGUAAUGUCGCCAUUUUGGGGUAGUUAGGAGCAGUAAUGUCGCCAUUUUGGGGUAGUUAGGAGCAGUAAUAUCUCCAUUUUGGGUAAUGUCGCCAUUUUGGGGUAGUUAGCCGUAAUAUCGCCAUUUUGGGGUAGUUAGGAGCAGUAAUGUCGCUAUUUUGGGGUAGUUAGGAGCCAUAAUAUCGCAAUUUUGGGGUAGUUAGGCGCCAUAAUAUAGCCAUUUUGGGGUAGUUAGGAGCAGUAAUGUCGCCAUUUUGGGGUAGUUGGGGGCAGUAAUGUUGCCAUUUUGAAGUAGUUGGGGGCAGUAAUGUUGCCAUUUUGAAGUAGUUGGGGGCAGUAAUGUCACCAUUUUGGGGUAGUUGGGAGCAGUAAUAUCGCCAUUUUCGGGUGGUUAGGAGCAGUAAUAUCGCCAUUUUUUGGUAGUAAGGAGCAGUAAUAUCGCCAUUUUUUGGUAGUUAGGAGCAGUAAUAGUAGGAGCAGAUAUUGCUAUAGGGACCGUGUCCCUUGGUUUCAGGAAAUCUGGUGCCUCUGAGGAAGUUUUAGCUGGGUUGCUGGUGAUUUUUUUUCUGGGUGCCCAGUGAUUCAUGCCCAUUGCUAUGCUGAAGUUGUGAAGCCUAGCAUCUCAGUUAUUUUUGUAUUGAACACUUUACAUGGCGAGGUUUUUUGGCAUGCAAAAGGUCACAAGUCCCAGCAAUCAAGCUGUAGUUAGAAUGCCAGUUUCAAAAACUAUUCCAGACUGCUUGUUUAUGUUUUUCUCUGCUUCAUUCUACUGCAGGGAGGAGUGUCAAGAACAAGUGCACCGCUACCCUAAUGCAAAAUUCAGGAAAUUCUCGACCUAUGACAAUGCGUGGAGUUAUGUAGAUCGCGAUGAGGAAGACUCUUCUUAUACUUCCAAUUACUCAUCAAAGCACAGAAGAAGAGGUUAGCCUAAUUACACUUUAUUUUUUAUGAUUUAAUCUUCGUUUAAAAAAAAAAAAAAAAGGCUAUGGUGUCCUAGUAGUUGAUUAGUCGUGUGGCCUUACUUUCAAUUGUUUCUUUACUUUUAGGUUUCUCAAUCUUAACUACACUCCAUAUACUUAAAGUGGCUUGACAAUUGUGACAAAAGGUAGCUUAAGUCAUGCUCCAAUAUCUUUGUUCAGCUAACAAAGGGUGAAGCUCGCCUUAAAGGGACACUGUUGGCACCCAGACCACUUUAGCUCAUUGACGUGGUCUGUGUGCUGUCCUUUUAUCACUUAGUGCUCCAGUGUAAACAUAGUAGUUCUCUGGUACUGCAAUAUUUUACAUUGCAGCACGAAGUCUGCCCUCUGUGGCUGUCUAUCAGACAGCCACUGGGGGUGCUUCUGAAAUCGUAGCGGACUUUUGGUCUGUUGUGACGCUGCAUGUCCACACGCUCUGCAUGAGGACCUCCAGCGUCAGACUUUCCCAUAGGAAAGCAUUGAUUUAAUACUUUGCUAUAGGGAGGUCUAAUGUGCGUGCGCGCCAUUUGCCGCACGUGCUCAUUAGACCCAGCUUGUCGCAGGACAGAGGAGGGGGCAGAGGUUCGACCCAGCACCGAGGGACAUUGGAGCUGGGAUAAGAUAUAUAUAUUUUUUUUUAAAGAGGGUGGGGGAGGGGGUUUAACCCUUUAUUUACUGGUGAGGGGGGGGGGUGUGGCAGAGGGAUCGGUAGUGCCAGGAAUACAGCUUUGUAUUCCUGGCACUAAAAUGACUACAGUAUCCAUUUAAGCUCAACCUAUUGUCAAGAUUGAUAAUUGUAGGAAAAAUACAUAGGACAAAGUAGUCCCUACUUUAUCUUAUGAUUUUAAAGAUGAACAGAUUCUGAAAGAGGAAACAAUAUGAUAAAUUAGACUUUGGGGUGAAAAGGCCACUUUGGCCAAUUAAAGCUAUGCCAAGUAAUAUUGCAACACACUUGUCAAACUGUGUACUAUGGAAGGUUAAAGGAUCUUAACAUGCAUAGCUUGGGGGAAUAUGAAAAAUAAAUUCUAAAUACAUACAGGGAAUCAACACCUUAAAGGAGGGUACUAUAUUUAAAAGAAGAAAAACUACCACAAGAGGACGUCAUCUUAAAUUAGAGGGGCAAAGGUUUAACUGAGAGGGUAGUGGAUGCAUGGAAUAGCUUUCCAGCUGAAGUGGUAGAUGUUAAUACAGUAAAGUAGUUUUAAGCAUGCGUGGGAUAGGCAUCCGGCUAUACUAGCUAUAAGAUAAGGCCAGGGACUAAUUAACGUAUUGAGAAAAUUGGGCAGACUAGAUGGGCCAAAUGAUUAUCUGCCGUCACAUUCUGUGUUUCUAUGUAAUGUAGGUGAAUAGCACAGGCCAAGUUAUUUUCUCAACCUUUGCUGUAUUCUGAUAUUCACAGCUUUUUCUUUAUUAACUUGACAUUUGAAUCCUAAUGUACUCAUUAGUACAUGGGUAAUAAAAUAGGUACAUGCUCCAGUGUUGAAAAUAGUUUGUCGUGCAACUCUGUUUCUUACUGCAGAUACUUCAUCUACUGUUGUGUACACCGAUGGCUGCUGUACACGAAAUGGCCAAUAUGAAGCACGAGGUGGGAUUGGUGUUUACUGGGGUCCCAAUCAUCCAUUGUGAGUACCUAAUAUUUAUUUUUCUUUUAAUGCAAUAUUUACUUUUCUGACAGCAUUUUUUUCUGCUACAGUAGGCUUUACAUAUUGCACUUUAUUCAAUGUUCUGUAGAAUAUCCUCUUAUGGAAUACUCCAUUAUUAUGUAUUCAUAAUAAUGCAUUCAUUUUUGUUUUUUGCGUUUUUCACAGAAAAACUGCACUUUCACUGAUACCAGUGCCAUUGUACAUUUUACUGCUCUAAAACAUUCAUUUGUUUUAAGCAAUGUCUCACGAGUACAACUGUGCCCCCCAUGUACAGGAUUUAUGGGGUGUUGGAAAGUUGCAGGGUCAAAUCGAGAGCUUGCAGAUUUCAGUCUUCAAGCCUGGAAAUUUGACAAUGAAAUGGGCAUCCAACACAUUUGUCCCCGUGACAAAAUUUGAAAUUUGACAGAGAAUGUCUGGGCCACUGUCACAUCUGAGAUUGUAUGGCAGCCUGAGUAAUAACAUUUCCACCAUUACGGCAUACCAUUUUCAAAAGUAGACAACCCAGGGUAUUCCAAAUGGCAUAAUUUGAGUUUAGUUUAGCCACUUUAUCACAAAUGCUGGCCCCAUUUAGUGAUUGAAUUUUUUUUAUAUAUACAUGAAUUCCAUCUUCACAAGAAAUGUCAUAAUCUUGAUAUGAGUUAGUACAAUAAAGCCUCAGUGUUUAUUACACACUAUCUCACAAAUAUAACAAACAGGGAGAGGUCAGGGGAAUCCAGAAGUCAGAGUAGUUGGUGUAAAAAAAAAAAGCUAAUAAUUCAGUACUGGCAGCUAACAAAGUAGUCUGAAAUCCAGAGCUGAACUAUGGAAUCACUGUGUGGGACUGGUCCAAAAACAAACUGACCAGUCCCACACAGUGAUUCCAUAGUUCAGCUCUGUAUGAUAGACUUUGAAACCGCUUUUGUUAUGCAGAGGGCGGGUAAAGCACCAAUAACUGGAGUCCUUUCAGACUUCUUUCUUGUAACAAACACAGCACUUUCUCUGGGGGUGACCUUUUGGAGGGUGUAGACAUGGGAUUCAGAAGGAAAGUGUUUGCCAAACAGUCUUUGGACAUCUUCUGAUUCCAAUGUGGGAAGAUUGGGGGCCUGGGAAAAUAAAAUAUCAGACAUAACUUUCACCAUAAAAUCUAGGAAAUGGGUAUGGUCAACCUAAUACUUUUGUGAAGCACAUCGGAGUUAAAAAUUGCACUCUGGGUUAGGUAGAUUGCGGUUUUCUUCUAGUUUUUGGUUCACCAGGUAAGGCUGUAUACAGUACACUGGUCAGCAAAGUCUACUCCUCUCAUAUAAUUCUUGCAUUCUACAAUGCAUUUCAGCUUUUCCAACUGCUCUCAGACACUCGCACUAUACUUUUGUCGUGCAUUGUAUACUGCAUGUAUACAUCCUUCCUUCAUAACUGUGAACUGAAGGGCAAGCAACUCAUCCUGGCAGAGAGCUUGUCAGGCAUUGGGGGUAACCACUGCAAGUUGUUGUUUUUUUUUUUUUUUCACACUGCCACAAUCUAGAAUUUCAAAACAAAGUUUCAAUGGGGAAGGGGAAAGGUCAGAUCCCAGACAAUCUUGUCAUUUUACCUACAGAAUCAAGGCAUGCAGGUGGGUCAAGAUGGCUAUCCUUCCCAUGAUAAAUCUGAAACAUCCAUGUAUAGCCAGUAGUGGAUUUGCAUAAUUUGUAGCAUUUCACAACCAUAUCCUGCCUGCUAAGGAAUGCCCGCUAUGGAAUAUUUUGUUUAUAAAGCAGUAUACCUUUAAAUCUUACUAAUAUAAUACACGUUUGUCAUGGAUUUAGUUGAUACUGAUACUCUGCUUUUUGACAGUAACCAUAACUAGGGUUUGAGCCCAAAGUUUGAGCAUUUCUGCAACAUCCAUGGGGUGCCACAUGUUUAUUCUAUUGUAAUGUGACCCUGGAUUGUCAGCAAAAUACUGGUUGGCAAACAAGUUGGUAUGCUAAAAUAUCAUCCCUGGAUUAGAGGAAUUCCCUUCUCUGGUGCGCUUGUCUAUGUUCGGGGAAAUUUACCCUAAUGUAGACAUGCGCACCAGAGCAGGGAAUCCCUCUAAUUUGUUUGAGGAAAAUUCCACGAACAUAGACCAGAUCUCUAACGUGGGCAAUCCCUUGAAUCCCCACGCUAGAGACCUGGUCGUAAGUGCUAGCCAUUAAAAAGUGAGGACCACCUGUAAUACAUUCUCCUCCAGACCCUGCAACCCAACCACUCUACCCAGUGUUAACCCCUUCCCUGCCAGCCAUCCUCCCUACCCAGUUUUAACUAAAUAAAUAGUUAUAGAGAGGUGACACAAAGCUCUAUAGGCAUUUAUCAGUUUGGCUGUUUAUAUUUAUUUAUCAUAAACCUAUAACACUAUAUGAUAUCUAAUGUGGUGAGGAAGUGUGUGUGUGAUGUGGUAUGUAAUUUCUAGUGUCUGAAUGCUGUAUUUGUAGUGUAACUUGGGUUAAGUACUUCUAAGGCGGCAUGUCAUUACAGAUUCUCCUAGAGAAUCACUGCAGUUUGGUCAUUGGUGGACAGACAUUGUGGGCGUGUCAUUGCUGAUUCUGUAGAGCAGCAUUUCCCAGUUGUGGUUCCGUGGCGAUUUGCCGAUCAAGUGGCCCAUUAACUUAUGGCCACCCUUUCGGUAUCGCUGUAAUACUGGGGCCAGGUCACGGUCUUAAAUGGCUGUGGCGUCUGGCCAAGCCACUUUGUUAUUGGAUGCUGGGAGGAGCUGACAGUGUCUCUUCCUCCCAGACUUGGAGAAGGCAGAGAGCACUCCAGCAUCCAACACCCAGCAACAGCACUCUAAGCAAGUCACCCUCCUACAGAUAAAAGGUAACUUAACAGAUGGUGACUUCAAAUAUAAAUAUUACGACCUGUGUGUUAACCUGCGUGUGUGUAUAUCUGUGUCAGCCUAUCUGUAAGUGUAAAGUGAGGAUAAGAUAUUAGAUACGACUCUAAUGUGGUUCCAGGAGUAAUAAAGCAAUAAUAUCACAUGAAAUAAAACUUAACAAAAUAUGUAAAUGUAUAUCUGUAAGUGUGCAUGCAUGUGUCAGUGUGUAGCUGUUUGUGUAUGUCAGUAUAUCUGAGUAUGUGUGUAUGUGCAAGUGUAUCUCAGUGGGUGUGUGUGACAGUAUGUUUCUUAAUGUGCAUACAUCCCAGCAAUCAAACUCAACACAACAUUCAAACACAAACAUGAAAUACAAAGACACCCAUGAACUCCAACUCUAAAACUAAAUACUAACACUCAAACCCCAAUACUACACACAAAUGUACAUCCGCAUUAAAAUCCAACACUACAUCCAAACACACCACUGCACGUAAUUGUAAGCAUAACAUACAAACUCACCCCUGUUUUAAAAAGCUAAAAUUACCUACAAACACCAACAUCUGUUUACUGUCCGUAGAAAUUUGCCAAAUAUAUAAAACAUUACGCUCUGUUAAUUAAAAGGUUUGUGCUACAACAAGACAUUUUUCGGGGUUCCAUGAAGUUUGUACACUAUGUCAAAUGGUUCCAUGGGAAAAAUUCAUUGCAACCCCUGCAAUAGAGAAUCACUGGAGCAUGGCCAUUGGUGGACAGUCUGGCUGAAAAAAAGGAAGCUGGGAGAUGUAACAUGCAGUCACAUGAGAAAAAAAAUCUGAUCAAAGUAAAGCUGAAAACUGGUACUUUUAAAGCUAAUUUUCACACUAAAGGCAACUGGUGACAGUAGGUUUAGUGUGUGGGGCUUGGAGGGGGGUGGGGUAAGGAUAUGCAUUUUAACUGUUCUAGGAGUAGAGUGGGGUACAGAGACAAUGUGUCAGCCAAUGUUUAAAAUCAUUGGUUGACUCACUGUAACCAUCAUCAGUGAAAGGCUUUGAAUGGGAUUGCAUGCUGCCGAUUAGCCACAGGAGGACUGCCUGGGCUGCCAGACGUGACCUCUGAGCACGAUCUGAAGCUUGGGAUGGAAUGCCAGAAUGGGUAAGGGCUAAACCGCCGGGCACCCACAGCAUUAAUGGGUUAAAUGUAUACUCCAGCAGCAUCCAUCUUCAAUUGACUUUCAGGAAGCAUGGAGUAAUACUGGUCAGGGGCACCGCUGACACUCUAAGCCAAUCAGUUGCUCCCCAUUCAUAAAAAAAAAAAAAAGUACCUUGAAGUAGUACAUGGAAGUCUGCUUCAUACAAAAAAUAUUGCAACAACCUAUGGGAAAAUAAAUUAUUUAUCUUUACAGAAAUGUUUCAGAAAGGCUUGAAGGGAGACAGACUAAUCAAAGAGCUGAACUUGAGGUACACAUUUACUUGUAUACAUUGUAAAAUAUAUAGGUGCUAUAAAUGUUAGUGUCUUUGAAUUGUCUAAAUAUUUUUUCAUUUAGGCUGCGAGUAGAGCAGUGGAACAAGCAAGAGCCCAAAAUGUACCUAGACUUCAAGUUUGCACAGACAGCAAGUUUACUACUGAUGGUAAGUCACAAUUGUAUUGAUUUCUCAUGCAGACCACAAACCUCACCUUCCCUGUGAAAUUUAGAGUAUUCAGUCUGCUUUUACUGUACUAGAAGCCACUAGUUCCAUAAAGUACAAGAAUAUGCCUUCAAUUCUUAUACCUGUGAUUUUUUUAUUUUAUUUUUUUAUGAUUUUUUUUUUGGUUAUUAAAUUAUGGAUUUCUCUAGCCCCGAAUUGCCAGUCUGUGUAAAAGUUGUAUAAUACCAUAAAAAAAAGUAUGGGGAAGGAAAGCUGCCAUGAUUGAUCAGGAUAAAAAUACAGUAAGCUAUCACUUGACAUAAUAUUCAAGCUGUUACCAUUUGGCAUCUGUCCCCAGAAAGCUUUUGGCGGCAUGGCCCACUCUCUGUGCUGCUAAUCCCCUCUCCCUGCAUGCUCUACCUGAUAUCUGCCAAGCAAAGCUCUGGAAAGAGGCUUGUUUUUAUUAAAUUUUUUUGAUACUACUUUAAAGUGGCACUGUCACAUCAGCUACCCCUCCUCUGAGUAUUUCAGAAUCUUUAUUAAAUACUCACAUUGACAGUUAGAAUCGCACUGAAAUGCCAGUUUAGACAGAUAUAUUAAAACAAAGUAGGGACUGCAAACUUCUGUUCCUAAUCUUAUGUGUGCUCUGUUUAUUUAGGCAUGAAUAAAUGGGUGCAUUCAUGGAAGCAAAAUGGAUGGAGGGCCUACAAUGGUGGAGAAGUGGUCAACAAGGAAUCCUUCCAGAAGUUGGACAGUCUGUGUAAGGGCAUGGAUGUCACUUUUGUGAGUAUGAACAAAAAGUGUUCUCACUAGUGUACCCGAGGAAGGGAGGGCAAACCCCCAAUGCCACACAGUUACAUCAAAAGGGCCCAGGCACAACCAGCAGUUUCCUCAAGGUUGGCAGUCUUUAUUUUAGGAACAGUUUACUGCAAAAUUUUGAACCUCAAUCGAACCUUUGUCAAGCCUGUCUAACUUGAGGAAAAAGUUUGUGUGCCUGAGCUCUCUUAAAGGAACACAAACAUGUAUUCCUGACCCUAUAGUGUUAAAACUACCAUUUAGGUGGCUUGCUCUCCCCUAACCUCCUUAGAAAGGAUUAAAACUGAUCUUAUUUCAGCCCUGAUCUGCCUCCUUGGUGAACUCAUCAGAGUUUACCAUUUUUAGCCAAUCCAAUGUGUUAGCUGAAGUCAGCAUGUGGGCAGGGCCAAACAGCACCUCCUCAUAGAGAUGCAUUGAAUCAAUGGAAGGAAAAUUCAUUCUGCAUGGAGACGCAUAGCGGCAGUUCAUCUGAGGAGUGGCCAGUGGAGUUAUCCCUAGGCUGUAAUGCAAACACUGCAUUUUCUCUGAAGUCCGUGUUUACUGCAAAAAGCCUGAAGGGAAUGAUUAUACUCACCAGAAUAAAUACAAAAAGCUGGCCUGACCGCAUUUAAAAAGUUUUUUGUUUUUGUUUUUUAAAUUAAAUCUCCCCCUUCAAUUCGGUCUUAUUUGUUUGCUUAUUGCUUGCAGCUCCCUCCUUGUAUAUGUAAAAUACAUACUGGUGAUUAAAAUCUCCCUCCUGCCCCUACUUGCUAUGCCGAGUAGGGGAAUGACUACUAAAGUGAGCAUCCAAAGACCAAUCCAAAAAAGGGGAACCUUACACAGGCAGGUGGGGGAUGUCACUUGAGGGGCUGGGGGAGAGACAUGUUCAUACUUGCGGCAUAGACUGAAAUUCGGAACCAUAAAUAAUACCUGACUUUCGUCCUAAAACGGAUGGAAACUUUCUACGUUCUGUUAGGAUGAAAUUCGGUCCAUUAGCCGGUGCCUUAGUCUAAACGAGAAGAUGUUUGGGAAUAGCGAAUGAAGCAAUGCAAGAUCAGAGGAAAGGGAGUAUGAUGGAAAAAAUCUUCUGACACAGGAAAUAGAGCUGACUUAAGUUUCUCCUGGGUCAGAAUGUCAGGCAUAGGAAAAAGAAAACUAGAUCAGAAAGGAAGAAAAGAACAGAUUCUAUGAGAAGGAGAAAAGGUAACAAUAGCGUGACAAUGAUGCUCUUAAGCAGAUUUGUCACUUUUAGAGAUCUUGGCAUUCAUUGCAAAGACCCCUGAAGGUGACCUCUCCAGAAAGGGUCAAGGCCAUGGUGGUCAGACUGGUUUGUUUGAGGCUGUCUCCAUCUUCUUUCUGGGGACCCUCAUAAAUAAGCUCCUAGCGUUCUGGGGAACUUCUAUAGAUCACAACUUGCGAUCAGCAAGUUAAUGCCUGAAUCUCACAGGAAAAAAGAUAAGUCGCGCAAGUCCAUAAGACAAAGUAGUCCCUACUUUAAUUUAUCUUUCUGAAAAAGUAUUUGUAUUUCGUAAAAAAUAUUCUUCAUAAAAUAUUGAGGUGACAGGGGACAUUCUAGUUACCACAAAAACGUAAGCUAAGGGGCGGGGCCUAGCAGCUGAAGAGAGGAUGAAGAACUCUCAGUCGAGAGGUGAACUAGCGGGGCUCACGAUGACACCAAAUACAAUGCCAUCCCUGCAAAAAUCACUGAAGCGACAACUGCAGCCUACAAGCCUGCAUGACACUGGGGAGACUGCCGCUUUCCGGUUGCCCUCAGAGGCAAACUGCUGGCAAUCGGACCCCAGUGUCCCCCCCCACUCCCUAAUGGACCGGCGGGGGUCAUUCUGGUCUCUGAAAGACCCCAACAGCCCAGGGGAAGCACACACAAGCAGUGCUUACCAAUCCCAAAAUGACGGCAAACACCCCGGAGCCACGACAAUGCACACUGGCCCGACAUUCUCACGCAGCUGGAUGCCACAUUUGCAGCCUUCUGGACGAAAUAGGCAGAACGGCAGGCUGGGGCAUACACUCUGGAAAAGCACCUACCGACGGCACUCACCGCACACCCUCGGCCACGAGGCACACCUCCCAGAAAGAAGGGAGCACGAAAAUGGCGCCACCGAAAGCGAAACCUACAGCACGAGUUUACUUUCUUAUAGGGAUCAACCCAUUAUCGGUCUGGACGAUCUUAUCGGCCGAUAUUCGGUAUUUUCAGGAAUAUCAAUAUCUGCCUAUAGAGAUACCGAUAUUGCAUACCAGAACCGCUGGGCACAUGACAAGCCUGGAGGGCCCGCAGCAAGAUCUUUAGCUCCCCUGUCAAAAUCUUGCGAGUCCCCGUAGCAACGCGCUGUGAGAUUUAGACAGGAGACCUGCUGGGAAGGUAAUUAAGAGCUUGCUGCAGGCCCCCACUGCUCAGUCUAUGCCACCGGACCACCAGGGAAUGCCAUAUCCCCCAUUUUACACAAAUUACAUACCUACACAAACACACAAACUCUGCAUUCAUUAUAUACACACUACACAAACACACUCUGCAUUCAUUAACUACACAAGCACACACACACUCUGCAUUCAUUAUAUAUACACACACUACACAAACACACACUCUGCAUUCAUUAUAUAUACACACACUACACAAACACACACACAAACUCUGCAUUCAUAUUAUAUAUAUAUAUAUAUAUAUAUAUAUAUACAUAUAUAUACAUAUAUACACACACACACACUGCAUUCAUUAUAUACACACACACUGUGUCCACUACAUGUGGCAUGUAUAGUUUGUGCAUUUACCUUUAGAAAUUGUUUAAUUUUUUUCAAAAUGGUAAAUGUACAGAAUAUCGGUAAGCUAUCGGCCUGAAAAUUCAGAGUAACUGUAUCUGCUCUAAAAAAUCAAUAUCGGUCGAUCCCUACUUUAUCUCCUGUUCUGUUUAUAGACCUGCAGAAGCCUACUGUAUGUAAUUAAAGUUAAUUUUACAGAACAGGAGAGAAAAGCUUUUAAAGUAAGUUGCAUCUGAUUGAAAAUUAAACCUUGGAGUGAAUCCUCAGCCUGGGUCAGUAUGGUAGGUCCAGUGUGGGAUGCUCUAGUCUGAGUGAACUCUGAUCCAUAUGUGCACUGUCUGUACGUAUACCCCUGGGCCGGCAUGAUGUCCCAUUCCAACUUCUGGCACUUUUAUAUAGUGCACACAAGGGUAGUGUUCGUAUGGAUCAGAGCUGACUCGCUGCCCUUACCACCCCCCUUUGACUUUGUUCAUUUGUGGCAGUAGUUACUCACGGCUUCGGAUUUAAUUUCAAUACAGAGACUAGUAAGUGCACAAAGAAAUAUCUAUUUACACCUUAGACAGUAGGAAAAAUAUUUGUAUCUAAUACCUCGUGCCAUACCGUGGUUUUGCAAUAUUAAUGACUUUAUUUUUUCUCUUCUAAACAGAAACAUGUUCCAGGGCACUCUGGACUUGUUGGAAAUGAAAUGGCUGAUCAACUAGCAAGAAAAGGCUCAAGGAAAUGAAUUAUGAAAUUCUGAUAUCUACUUUAUUGGUUUUGGGGCAUUCAAGUGUUCACUAAAUUGACAAUCAGAGGAAGCAGAUUUUUAGUUUUGGUGUUAACAUAGCUAAAUUGAAUAAAGACAAGAUGUACCCCUAGAUAGAAAAAAUCCAGCAAGGGGUACCAAGAAAGAAAGGGUUACAGUGGUACUAGUAGGGCUUAACCCUUAAUUUUACAAAAAUUGAAAAAAACAUACACAAAUGAGGGGAAAGCAACCCUUAAACGAAAGGGAGCGAAUCCCCUCAGAAGCAGAACCCCCUAUUAGAGCAGUAUUAAGGCAGUGGCCAACAGGUAUAUAAAAAUAAAAAAAUAAAGUUUUAUUCGUUAUUUUAAAAAAACACACAGACCACAUAAAAAUAGAUAAAUGAAAAAUUGGAGGAGCACCAAAGAAAAAAAGAGAGGUUCCCAAUAUAAAUAGAUACACAUUGGUUAACUGGAUACUCAGUAGAUAGAGAUAGUGCAGCCACAAAGUAGCAAGGUGUGUAGCUAUUAACCAAUGUGUGUGUGUGUGUGUGUGUGUAUAUAUACACAAACAUUAUUCAAGUGAACUUGUAUGUACUGGGAUCCGUGUGUAGGGCAGGGUCCUCCAAAAUACAAGUCUAUGUAUAUAUAAGAAGGACUCCCCUCCUCCGUUGUCCCCCUUUCCCUUUUCACUCUCUCACUUCUCCUUUCUAAAGUUAUAUAUGCAUAUAGAUCUCUUACUUACUAUAUAGCAAUCAGUAUAUAAAUCAGUCUCAAUGGCUUACUGGGUGUAACUCAAUUAGAUUAGCUUGCUGUAGGUAGAGUUAGUAAAUCGAAAGGACAGAGAGAGGUUAAAUAGAUUGAAAAUAUAAAGUGGGAGUCAAAAAGGAGGGUAUAAUCAACAUAGACAAAAUAAAAAAUCUAUCAAAAAUCAGUCUGUAGGGUGUGGGGAAAUUACCCACACCCCGUCAAGCCCAACGCGCGUUUCGGCGACAAAAAAAAAUCACCUUUCUCAAGGGCCUCAGUAAGCCUUCUUAUAUAUACAUAGACUUGUAUUUUGGAGGACCCUGCCCUACACACGGAUCCCAGUACAUACAAGUUCACUUGAAUAAUGUUUGUCUAUAUAUAUAUAUAUAUAUAUAUAUAUAUAUAUAUAUAUAUAUAUUUAGAUACAUUGGUUAAUAGCUACACACCUUGCUACUUUGUGGCUGCUCUAUCUACUGAGUAUCCAGUUCACCAAUGUGUAUCUAUUUAUAUUGGGAACCUCUCUCUUUUUUCUUUGGUGCUCCUCCAAUUUUUCAUUUAUCUAUUUUGUGUGGUCUGUGUUUUUUUUUAAAUAACGAAUAAAACUUUAUUUUUUUAUUUUUAUAUACCUGUUGGCCACUGCCUUAAUACUGCUCUAAUAGGAGGUUCUGAGGGGAUUCGCUCCCUUUCGUUUAAGGGUUGCUUCCCCUCAUUUGUGUAUGUUAACAUAGCUAGUUAACUUAAAUGAAAUCCUUGAAUUUCCUCACCACCCAUUUACAUAUCCGUGUUAACUGUGUGUAAACCACACACCUCACUAACUUUUAUACUGCUUCAGAUAUUUAUAUCUCUAUCUAUCUCAAGUAGAAUGGCUGCUCUCCGGUCUUAAAACUCCAAUACUUUAUUUAAUCAAUUAAAUAACUACCAAUGUUUCAAUCCCCGCUAGGGACAUUCCUCAGGGUCAUCAAUAAAACAAUGUACACAUACAUAUAAGCGUAAUAUAUACAUACUUGAAUAAUCAUAGAAACUCACCAAAGGUGUUGUGCACCUACUGCCAGCGUUCGUUCCGAGUGAACUCUCGUGCAUGCGCACGCACCCUCGAGCAUGCUCGUCCCUCACCAAUCACGUUGUGCGUGAGAUCUUGGGAACUGGGGACACGACCCGAUCACCAUGGUGAUCCCCCAACAUCUGUACUGGCUAUUAACACUAAUUUUAAACAUCAGCACUUUUCAUGCUAUAGCUGUUUCAGGGGCACUUCUUUUCCCAUUCGUUUAUGGGUCUUAUAUCAUUUUAAAGAUAUACAUUAAAUUGUAUUUAUAUAUGUUCUUAUAUAAUAUAUCCCUUUUGCACUGACAUUUAUUCAAUUCAUUUUCCCCUUUCCUUUUGAGAUCCACAAUACUGACCCUUUAGUCAGUAUUUAGAUUACUGUAUACUGGUUACAUAAUCUAUUUCAGCACUUUACACUAGCAUCAUUACAUGUUUAAACAGCAUGUUUUAUUUAUUUAUAAUUGGCCAUCAUCCUAUCUUUUUAGUGGAGUUCCUUUCAGACACUGAGUACAGUUGUUGGGGGAUCACCGUGGUGAUCGGGUAGUGUCCCUGGUUCCUAAGAUAUCAUGCUCGCGGGUGCGUGCGCAUGCACGAGGGUUCACUCUGAACGAACACUGGCGGUGGGUGCACAACACCUUUGGUGAGAUUCUAUGAUUAUUAAUGUAUGUAUAUAUUACGCUUAUGUGUGUGUGUGUAUUGUUGACCCUGAGGAAAAUCCCAAAUGGGGACUGAAACAUUGGUAAUUUUUUUAUUGAUUUAAAUAAUGUAUUGGAGUUUUAAGACCGGAGAGCAGCCUCUACUUGAUUUUUUGUGUGACUGGAGCAGAGGCUAUGUUUGCCCCCGGCAUUGAAGGAAAUAAAGCGUGAGUGCAGGUGAUUUUUUUUUUGUGUGUGUGUGUUACUCUGUACCAUAACCUUUGUAGUGAUGUCAAAUUGUUAUGGUUCUUUGUGGCACUUUAAUAGUAGUGCAAUUCAGUGUUGCCUGAUUGUCUGCAUAUGUACUGCUCCCUUAGGCUUACAUACUCCAACUCAAGGCUUUUGUGAACUCUAAUUAUUUGGCCCCAAGUUUAAUCAUACACAGACCAGGAACCUUGUGUUCACUGCUGGCAAUGUGUGAGCUAUGAAAGACUUGGAUGAUGAAGAUUUUCUGCCACCAGUUAAAGCCUGGUUAUGGUAUGACAUAAUUCUGCAAACAGGGGGCUAAGAUAAAUUCUAAUAGCUUCCUCACCUCACUUUGUGAAUCCUUGAACUGUCUCACUGUUUUGAUUUUUGGUUGUUACAUUGUAAGUUUAAACAUUUUGUAUAUGAAAGUUUCUGCAUUUAAAAAAACAAAAAUUAACUUUGCCAGAUCAGUUAUACUGUUCUAACAGUAUGUUCUAGUUGUUGCUUUCUGUGUUUUUGUAUUUCUAUAUAAAACCAUUUUGUGUGCGUGAUUUGUUAAUGUACCCAAUUGUUUUGAGGGUUAUUAAAACAAACCUAGCUGCAUCUUCUGACUUAGUCUCAUAUUUUUGAAACUUGGCUUAUCCUGGAUCAUUUAACCUCUGUCAAAAACACUUGUUAAAGACUUGCACACAGGAUGCAUCUGCGAUUAGAACGCCGUAACGGCUUGCAACCACAAGAGGUAAUAUUUACGUGCCGCCGCCGCAAUCCUCUUCGGGAGGACUGCCUAACAGCCCAGGCAGCCCUCCCACGGCAAAUAUAGCCCCCUAUAGCUUGCUGUGGAUCUGCCAGCAAGGGGACUGUCUGAAAUGUUGGUCCCCAAGCUGGUGGGAAAUGUAAAAAAAAAAUUAUAGAAACCAGUUUAAAAUAAAUUAAGUGUGUGUGUGUAUGUAUAUAUGUAUGUAACGUCAUACAUAGUGUAUUUUAAUGUUAAUAUAUGUAUAUAUAAGUAUUAAAAUACACUUAGAAUGAUGUUACAUAUAUAUGAUAUAUAGAUGUAUUAUAUAUAUAUAUAUAAUAUAUUUUAUAUAAAUGUAUAAUUACAAUUAUAAAUAAAAUAAUAUAAAAAAAAUUUAAAAUUUAUAUAUACAUAUGUAAUUUCAUUCUAACUGUAUUUUGUUAAUAUAUGUAACAAAAUACACUUAGAAUGACAUUCUAUAUCUAUAUAUAAAAUACAAAUAACUGCAAAUAUAUAUACACAUAAAUAUAUAUAAUUACAUAAGUGUACACGUAGACUUUAAAUACAUAUAUAUAUUAAAAUUCUAAGUGUAGGUUUAAGUAAUAUUUUAACAUAAUUAUGUGAUUUAAUUAAUAAAAAUUUGAUUGACAUGCCUGACAACCCAGGCAGAAAGUGCAGAGAAUUUGAAUUGCAAGCAUUCUAUUUAACCCUGUAACUUUCCAAGACACCAUAAAACUUGUAUAUGGGGGGGUACUGUUCUACUCGGGAGACUAAGCUGAGCACAAACAUUAGUGUUUCAAAUGGUAACUUGUAUUACAACAAUUAUAUUUUUAGUAAAAGUGACGUGUUAUGCAUUUUUCUCACACGAACGACACUUUUACUGACAAUAUUAUUGUAAUAUGUUUUACUGUUUUAAAACACCUUUUUUUUUGUGCUCAGUGAAGUCUCCCAAGUAUAUAACAGUACCCCCAUUUACAGUUUUUUUGGUGUUUUGGAAAGUUUGAGAGUCAAAUAUAAGGCUUGCAUUUCAAUUUUUUUUCACAUUGUAAUUUGCCAGAUUGGUUAAGUUGCCAUCUGAGACCGUAUGAUAGCCCAAGAAUAAGAAUUACCCCCAUGAUGGCAUACCAUUUACAAAAGUAGACAACCCAAGGUAUUGCAAAUGAGGUAUGUCCAGUCAUUUUUAGUAGCCAGAGUCACAUACAUCCAGUUAUCCUAAUGUUGAGAAAAGCUUGGGAUCGGUGGGAUCACAGGUCCCCUUGGGCUCUGAGUUCCGGGUGAGUGAAUGGACGUUGGGUUAGAGGCUCCUCUGAACUGGCACAGAGGGACGGGUAGUCACAGCAUCAGUGUGGGUCUGCUCUGCAUCAGGAGAGAUAAGGGCAGGAGGUCUGAGGUCAAUUUGGUUCCAGAAAGCUUAGCAGAUCUUGUUAAAGGGGCACUAUAUAGUCAUCAGAACAACUACAGCUUACUGUAUUUGUUCUGGUGAGCAGAAUCAUUCUCUUUAGGCUUUUUGCAGUAAACACUGUCUUUUCAGAGAAAAUUACAUUACAGCCUAGGGAUAAUUCCACUGGCCACUCCUCAUAUGGCUGCUAGAGGUACUUCCUGGGGCAGUGUUGCAGACACUUAACUUUCCUCAGAGAUGCAUUCAUUGAAUUAAUCUAUGAGGGGAUGCUGAUUGGCUAGGGCUGUGUUUGACUUUUGUUGGCUCUGCCCCUGAUCUGCCUCCAUGAUAGUCUCAGACCACCACUUCUGCUGAUGUCAGCAGACAGGGGAAAGUCAGCAGCUGCAGACUUGUAGAUGGUGGUUUUAACACAAUAGGGUCAGGAAUAAAUGUUUGUGUUCCUGACCCUAAAGUAUAUCUUUAUAUUUUUGCUCAAAUGCAAACUUCCAAUUCCGGUAUACUAGGUCUGUCUGAGCUUGCUGGAGCAGACCUUUUAGGUGCACUACACCAGUGCUCCUCAACCCUCUCCUCAAGGCACACCUAACAGUCCAGAAAUGGGGAUUACAUUGGUGUGUAUAAGAUUAUUUUUUUUUGUCUAAACACGUCUAGUGUAAUCCCUAAAUCCUGGACUGUUGGAGGUGUGCCUUGAGGAGCACUGCACUACUCGUCUACCAAUUCAGCAGGAUUAGAGUUCUCUGUGGAGAAGGCAAACAUUUUGGGACAGGAUAACCUACACUGGGGGAGGAUGGGUAACAGGGUUGCAAAAAGUGUGCUUCAUGAUGCACAUCCAAAGCUUGGGAGGUUGGCCACCCCUCCCAAGCACUGGGCAACAUUCCUGUUGCCUCUCAGUGUCUGACUGGAUGGAACCAGGUGAGUUACCGAAGUGGCAAGUAGCUUAGUGGUCUGUGAGCUGAACCGAACUCUAGUUAUUUUGCUUAAUAAACUCAGGCCAGCUGGAACUGUAGAUUGCGUCCGGCCAUCUAGGCGCCAUGCCCAGUCCCCAUUAUCCACCCUUUUAGGAUCCUGCUGUAUCUCAAGUGUACUGCCACUAUAUGUUGGGAAAACUGAGCUUUUUACUCACUGUAAAUUCAUUCGUAUUGGUGGCAAAACAAAGCUCUCUCCUUAUAUAAUACAUUUGUGAUUUUGAAUGAGAUCUGUAUGGCUUGUUAUUCUUGCUAUUAAUGAGGAUUAAAAGCGCAGUAAAGGUAUUUAAGGGUAACUUUUUAUUUAACAUAAGAUAUCUGCCCAGCACAAAAUAGAAUAUCCCUAGUCUGCUGCUAAUGCCAAGUAAAAAUGUUUCCAUUGAUUAAAAAUGUUCUGUUUUCUAUACUGAACAAAAGCUCUUUUUGAGGCUUUUUUUCUCUCUCUUCGUUUAGGAAUCCAGCAGUUCAGCCCAAUUUUAAGGAAUUACCAUCUUCUUAAGCCACACCAAUUCAACAC